AUGGGUGGCGCGACGGUCCCGACUCCUAAACACGGGGGAGAAGCCUCACAAAAGCCUGCUCAAAAAGCUAGUGGCGGCGGUGUUUGCGGCAUCACCAAAGAAGCCAGGAGGCGACAUGAGGGCAUCAAGAAGGAAAGAGCGAUCCCUGUCCAUGAUGCUGUUGAUGUGGCCCUAAAAGGAAAAGCAACACAAUCUUCUUUAUAUCAAAACUAUCCUGCUAAUUUGGCUAUUGAUGGCAACAGAGCAUCUAUCUUGAGUUCUGGCUCAUGUGCACACACAAAUGCUGAAUAUAAUCCAUGGUGGAUGGUGGACUUGUUGGCAGUGCAUAAUAUUAGCACUGUAAUCAUCACGAACAGAGCCGACUGCUGUACACAACGGCUAACUGGUGGUGAAAUUCACAUUGGCAACUCCUUAGUCAACAAUGGCAACAAUAACCCCAGAUGUGUUGUUAUUUCUACUAUUGCUCCUGGUGGGUCUGCAAAUUAUACUUGCAAUAUGAGAGGACGUUAUGUCAGCGUCAUUCUUCCCAACACUUUUCAGUAUCUUACAAUUUGUGAGCUGGAAGUCUAUGGAGUUUCAGUGCCUGUUAUUAAAAGGGGAUUUCUGAAAUUAAAGAUUAAAAGCAGUGACGAUCUCAACAACCCUACCAUGAAAGACAACAUUCUUCAAAAGAUAAAAUCUGCCAAUCUUCAGUCAUCGAUUUCUCAGAUUCGCUGGACAAUGGAACCAGAAAUGGAAACAGUUAAUAAAACUUAAUAGUGCUGCAUCUGCCUCCAGCCCUUACUUUUGAGCACAAUACGCAUCUCCAGUCCACCGGCAGCCUCUACAGAAGGUUCUCCUGUCUCCAC